CUUGUGUACUCGCAUGUUAAAAGUUGUGAAAUCAGUUUUCACAAGUUUCUUUUGGCGCUCCAUACUCAGAGGACGAUUCUGUUUCUGAAUUUUACUUGGACUUCCAUUCCACCGCCGCCUUUUAAAGGCCGCAAGGUCAAAAGCUCAGUUGGCAAAUACCUCGUCAGUUGUGAAUGUGGAAUGCCUGGAUUUAAAGGAAUGUACUUCUGUUGACACCAACCUUGGCCUAAGCAAGAUGUCAGUGAAGCAUAAAUGUGAGGAUCUUCCUGAAGGUUGGGUUGUAAAAAUGUCAAGAAGCCGGGGUGUACAAUACUACUUUGACACCCAUACGGGGCAGUCAUCAUGGAAGAAACCAACUGCCAGUAGUAUAAAGGUAUCAAAUGAAAUGGCAAAGAGAAAAUGUCAAACUGAAAAAUCUUCUUGUGAUCAAUCAGCCAAAGAUAAAAAUAGUUCCUUUCUAAACAAAAUGAAAGGAGAAAUAAAGAAACAUAGAGAAACUUACAGUAAAAUUUCUCAAAUUCGAAAGAAAGCUCAAGAUGUGCAACAAAAAGAAAUGGAGAAAGCAAUGCAGAAAGUAGCUAAAUGGAAGAAAAGCAUACAGAACAGUUGUGGUAAAGCCCCAGCAGAAGCAAAACUGAUUGCAAAUGUAAGAAAGAAUAGCAUGAACGAUGUUGAUGUUAUUAAGAUAUCUCAAAAACAAGAAGAAAAGUCGAAAUCUGGUGGAGAGAAGAAACAAUUUCCAAAGGGUACCACUUAUGAAAGAACUGAAGUAAAAAAAGAAGUUGCAGAGAAAACAGUACCAGAACAGAGCAAUAUUAACACAGAAACAGGAAAAAGGGGAAAGAAAAUGAAAAAAAAGAAAAAACUUUGUGAAACUACAAUUUCACAGAAAAUUCAUAGCAUAGCAAAUAAAGAAAAGAUGAAAGCAUCUACUCAACCUGCAAAGAAAAGUCAAACCAUAGCUACCGUGAAUAAAUUAAAUACACAAGCUGUUCGAGAAAGACUGAGCAACAGUCUGCCAUGUCUAGAUGUAAGACAUAAUCAGUUAAAAAAUAUUAACAAAAAACUUGCUAAAGGACAACCAUCUGAAGCAGUUGUAUCAUCUACCAUUUCUGAUGCAACUGAGGGUAGUAAGUCAAUUAUUGCAACACCCACCACUUACAGUAUGGCAACAAGUGAUUCUGCAAACUCUGGAAUGACAAGUGUUUCAAAUGAAGUAGAUGAUAAUGCAGAAGAUGAUUGUAUGAUGGAGGGUAUUGAGGUUACAGAUCCUACAGAUGUAUACCAAAUCAUUGAUGACAUUCAUAUGGAAUUUCAAGAAAAGUUUCGGCCUGUGUAUGUGGUCCUUGAUACCAAUGUACUAAUUUAUGACUGGAAGUUUUUGAAACAAAAGACAAAUGCAGAUUCAUCAGAGUGCGCCUAUGUGUGUUUUAUUGUUCCUUGGGUUGUGAUACAGGAGCUAGAUUCUUUAAAACAAGCCAAGAGGUCACCGUCGCUAACAACAAAUGUCACCAAUGCCAUCAAAUAUGUUAACCAAGCCAUAAGAGAAAAGCAUCGUAUGAUUGGCCAGUCUAUCCAAGAUACAACACUAAUUCAGGAGUUUGAUAUGAAAAACAAUGAUGAUAAAAUUUUACAGUGUUGUCUGCAGUACCAACAAAGAAUAAAGAAUGGUAGGCUUGCGCUCUGUACCAAUGAUAUCAACCUACAAACCAAAGCUAUGGUGUCUGGUAUCAAUGCAUUUUCCCAAAAGGAUUUUAUGAAAGAGAUAGAGAAGCUGCAAGGUAGUGGGAGUGUUCUACCAGGUGAUAUGCAAAUUCAGUCUGUUCAUUGUUACAAUGAUACUGCACUACCACUUUCUACCGAUCCUGGAACUGCUAGCAAUUCUCAAGUGUUAAGUUUACUAGAAAUCGAGGAAGAGAUGUUUUGUGUGCUGAAGAGUGCACUCUCAGUAGCCUUGGAGACAGAGAUGAAAGACGUUUAUGAUGAACAUUGGAAAGACAUUGUGAUUGUAAAACCUCCAUGGUCUUUCAAGGAUGUCAUGGUGUGUUAUGAUAAGCACUGGAUAGCUGUAUUUGGUAUGUUUUUACCUAGGAAUUUCAAGACUGUUGUCGAGUCACUUCUGUCCUAUGCAAAAAAAAAGAAUACUCCAAAAGUUGAAAAUCCAGAGAGACUUAAGUUAAUUAUAUCUCAGGCAAUUGGGCUUUGUCAGUCCCAUGUUCCUCACUUCAAAGCAAGAAUUCCAGAAUUACAAACAGCAAUAAAAUUACUCUUUUCGCUGCACAAUCAAUGCAGUAAUUUACUCAACACAUUGACUUAUACAACAGAAGAUACAAGAGAAAAAGCAGAAAAUAACAUUCCUGAGGAGAAGCAGGUAGACAGAGUAACGAGCACUGUAUCUGAGGACCAGACAAGCAUUCAUAUUGCACAGGUUUUUGAGACUGUAUGGCAGGUUAUAACACAAAUAAGUGUACUUGUGUUUGACAGUGUAGGCUUCACACAUACAAUUGAGUGCAAGGGUAUAGAACAUAUGGCAAGGCCUAGUGUCCAGCAGGCUGUACAGUGGCUAUACUCAUCUGGCCGAAUGCUGCAAGACAUCAUCAAAGCUUUCCACCGGGUAUUAGAGACUAACACACCCUCAUUACAUGAUGCAAGCACUCUGCUGGAAACCCUCAACCACCUCUUGGUGGAAAGCAAGGCUACGCUGGAUGUUGCCAUUGAUGUACAGGAUUUCCUGGUAUUUUGUUCCCUGGAAAACAACAGGAAAGUGCUGGCUGGUGGACUUGUGCAACUUCAAGAUAUUCUGACUAUGUUAGAACAGUGUGCACUAACAUGUUGCAACAUAAAUACCUAAAGUCAAAAUGUACAAUUAUUCUGAUUGGAUGAUGCCCCAGCCAUCCAUAGCCGACCAGCCAGUCAUGUGAUACAUAUUAUAUCACCCUUCUUGCCGAUGCCAAUUUUGUCUUCUGUCUUGAGUCAAACUCAAAUAUUAAUAUCUAUAUAGUAGGAGAUACGCAAAGCAAUAAAGCUCUGGCCAGACUAUCAACUAUUUAAUAAAAACAUGUGACAUGCCUAAAUAUGGUCAUGAUGACAUCACAUCAUGACCAUAUAUAAGCACAUCAUCACUGUAUAUGGGCUUACAAUAGUUUCUUUGUCAUGUGAAAGAAAAACAAAAAAAAGAGCUAUAGAAAAGGUGGAUUGAAACUUGUAAGUAAGUACAAUAUUGAAAUGAAAAUUAUCUUAAAUUAUUUUUUUUUAAUACAGUAUACAGGAAAGAAACUUAAUUUAAGAGUAAAAAUUACAAAAAAAUGAUAGAUGACAAGAUGCUUGAUCGUUCAAAUCAGCUUUAUAAUUAAGCAGAACAUUUUUAUACAUUAAAACAUUAGCAAUGGCUAUACUUACACCAGUUUUAAAUUAAUUCUUAACUGUGAUUCGAUGUUAUGGUAUAAAUUAAUUGAACAAUAACAUUCAAUCAGAAUUAGGAAUUGUUUAAGACUGGUGUAAUAAUAACCACUGCCUUAAACAUUACUUUACUCCAUGAUUUGUCCAUCCUAGUUUGGACGUAGCCCUCAUAAUUUAACAAAGUCAACUGCAUUUCAUUCCAAUAUUAUGUCUGGUAACUAUAUUGUUAAGUCCUGGUUAAUUCAUCUCUCCAUUUUGACUUUGGUUCAUCAUUAUUCCUUAGUUACCCAGUAAUUAUUUAUCUGGUUUCAUCUUCUAUCUGCCCAUUAUAUGCCAUUGCAACACACACUGUCGUAUAUUAUUUUUAUUCAUUAAGGCAUUGCUAUUUUUUCAUGACACUUAUUUCCUUAUGCUAACAAGAGAAUUCCCGAAACAAGAUUAACAAAAAUUUAACAACAUAACAUCUAUCAUUAAUUAUAGAAAACUGAGGAAGUUAAAAAUAUUAAUGUCAUAUUUUAAAAUUUAAUGAUGACCAAGUAAUUACGAAAUAGAUCAAUUUUACAUGUAUUAUUUCUUUCUUUAUUCUCAUUUUGGGCUUACAAGGUCUAAAGUAUAACAUAGAAAAAAAAAAAGAUAUAAAAAGUUGUAUUCCAUAAAAUAUUGCUUUUAACUAUGCAAUAUACAGUAAUGUUAAACUUUUAGUAUUUGAAUUGGGCUGUGCAAUAAAGAAACCAAAUGACUUUAAAAAAAAAAAAGAAUUUAUUUUAAACAAUAGAAGUUAUUUAUAUUUUGAAAAUAUUGUUAUAAAAAUGUUGUUCAAUAUUUAGUUAUAUAUCGUAAGCGAUUAAAAUAAAGUAAAACCUACAAA